AUGAGAACGAAACCACAAGUAUCGUCGGCAAGAGGUGCAACGAAAGAGGUUCUCACCGAGUAUUUCUUCCAAUUCGGUAGUUCUACUGACAAUAGCAAUAUGAUAUCUUAUCAUUUCGAAUUCACCUGUGAGUUCACUUUUGGUUGCUAUAACAUUACUCACGAUAAACUUGUGGUUUACAAUGUUAAUGGUGAUUAUGAUACACACGAAUUGCUGGAUUUUAUCAGAUUAGGAAGCAAACAUUGGUCUGAUUUAUGUAAAGUUGAACUUUCAACAGCGUUUUCCCCUGAUCUUGUAGAUACCACUAAAUAA